GCUGAAGCAAAAAUAGUUGUGAGUGGUGUGGGAGAGAUCCUGAAGAACCUGAUCUCCAUGGCAACCGAGGAGAUUGGCCUUGUAUGGAAUAUUAAGGAAGAUCUGGAUAAGUUAGUUCGCACUGUGACUGCUAUCCAAGCAUUACUAGAUGAUGCUGAAAGACAAUAAGAAGAAAAGCAGACUGUGAGACUAUUCCUAAGAAGGCUUAAAGAUGUAACUUAUGCUGCUGUAGACGUUUUGGAUGACUUCAGUUAUCAAACCACAAGAUUGCAGGUGACAAACAGCAAGGUAAGCAAAUUCUUCUUGCACUCGAUUUCAGUUGCAUUUAAAUUAAAGAUGGCUCACAAGAUCAAGAAUGUAAACAAGGUGUUUGAUGAAAUUAAAAGAGACAUGGAUUCAUUAAAUCUUGUGAGCUUAUUUGUACCCACAUAUCUUCAAAAUAGAAAGACCAUGGAGACAUUCUCUUUUGUAGAUGAGUCUGAGGUUGUCGGAAGGGAUGAUGACAAGUCAAAGAUAGCAAGUAUAAUAACAAGCUCUGACAAUCAAGAUAUUCUUAUGGCCCUUCCCAUAGUUGGAAUGGGAGGGAUUGGAAAAACCACGCUUGCUAAAUUAGUCUACAAUGAUGGUUUUGUAGCUAAGUAUUUUGAUAAAAGAAUAUGGGUCCAUGUCUCUAAAGAUUUCGAUGUUAAGAAAAUUUUGAUAGAGAUCACAGAAUCUGUGACCAAAAGGACAUGCCAAUUUUCAUCUAUUGAUGUCAUACAACAAAGCCUUAAAGAUGAGUUGAGUGAGAAGCGGUUUUUACUUGUAUUGGAUGAUAUGUGGAAUGAUGAUAGUGAGCAAUGGGAUAUGCUUAAGACUUCAUUAAAAAUUGGUGCGAGAAAUAGCAAAGUCAUUGCUACUACUCGUAUUAUUGAAGUUGCAUCAAUGAUAGGCACAUUUGAUACAUACCACCUUCAAAGCUUAUCAGAAGAUAAAUGUUGGUCUAUUCUCAAAAAUAAAGCUUUCGGGAAUGGAGGGGCUGAACAGACUCCAAAUAUGGUGGCAAUAGGGAAGGAAAUUGUGAAAAAGUGUGGAGGCUUGCCAUUAGCAGCGAAAGCACUAGGAGGCUUGAUGCAUAUCAAGAAAGAUGAACAACAUUGGUUAUCAAUAAAGGAUAAUGAGAUUUGGGAUUUACCUAUGGAUAAAAAUGGAGUCCUUCCUGCACUAAAACUGAGUUAUGAUCACUUGCCAUCACAUUUGAAACAAUGUUUCUUAUAUUGUUCAAUAUUUCCUAAGGGUGCUUUCAUCUUCAGAAAUGAUUUAAUCCGACAAUGGAUGGCAUUGGGGUUUCUUCAACCAUCCACAGGAAGUAGGCUAUUAAUGGAAGAUAUUGGAAACAUUUACAUCAAUCAAUUGUUGUGGAAUUCAUUUUUCCAAGACGCUGAGUAUGAUGAUUUUGGUCUAAUUAAGUUCAAGAUCCAUGAUCUUGUUUUUGAUCUGGCAUGUUCUCUUUCAAGGCCUGACAACAUAAAUGUUGGUGCUGAAGGAUUAAAAAGCAACUCUAAUGCUUUUCAUUUGAGAUUAUAUUCGGAUGGUGACAUAAAAAAGAUUCAAGACUACUUAUCUGAGGUGAGAAACUUGCGAUCGUUGCAUUUGAAAUUCACAGGAGCCAAUACUCCCAUUGGCAGAAAUGUCCUUGAUUUUUUGUUCAAAAAACUCAAGUGUUUACGUGUUCUAGAAUUAUCUAAUUGUAGAAUCAAAGAUUUACCAUCCUCCAUUAAGAAGUUGAAACACUUAAGGCACCUUGACCUUAGUUUCAAUCCAAUUGAAGCAUUACCUGCAUCUAUCACCAGCCUUUACAAUUUGCAAACAUUGGAUCUUGGAAAUUGUCCUCUAAAAGAGCUUCCCGAAGACAUGAGAAAACUGGUAAAGUUGAGGCAACUUAAUGUUUAUAGGGAAGAUGGAAGUUUGAGUCAAAUGCCAAUUGAUAUGGGAAGAUUAAUCUACCUUAAUGGAUUAUCGACAUUUAUUGUGGGCCACAAAAGGGAGCAGUGUAUCAAAGAGUUGCAACGCCUGGACCUUCGAGGAAAUUUAGGUAUUUACAAUCUUGAGAACGUGAGAAGUAGAACGGAAGCAGAGGAGGCAAAUUUAAUGGGAAAAGAAAAGCUUGAUAUGUUGCAUUUAUCAUGGAGAAGUAAUGUUUUGGGUGGCGACAAUAGUUUUAUGUUGGGAAAUGAAACUGUUGUUGACGAAGAUGAUGUAUUGGAAGGUCUUCGACCUCAUCCAAAUCUGAAACAACUGAUCAUCAAAAACUUUGGAGGUGAUAAUUUGCCUCAAUGGAUGAUGCGUGUGUGUGAGUUAUCUCUCCCUAAAUUGGUGAAAUUCUUCUUACAUGACUGCGAGAGAUUGGAACAUGUCCCCCCACUUGGACAGCUACCAUCACUUAAGAUUCUUCAUCUAAAGAGAUUGAAAAGGAUGAAGAGUCUUGGAAGUGAGUUCUAUCAUGGGGAUGAUAGCAAUGGUACUCAAGUUUCCCUUACUACAACAACAUUCCCUUCAUUAGAAGAGCUUUCCUUUGAACAGUUGCCUAACUUUGAGGAAUGGAUGGAACCACAAGGCUCAUUCCCUUCCUUCCCUCGCCUUGGGAGGAUGUUUUUAAAAGAUUGCCCAAAGUUGGUGACUAUGCCCAGUCGAUUUCCGUCUUUUAGCAAAUUAUAUAUAUUUGAAAUGCCGAAGCUUAAGUUUUUGCCAAAAGGAUUAUUGCACAACAAUGUCAAAGAAUUAAAUAUUGUAAAAUGCCCCGACCUUGAAGCAAUUAUUAUGCCAAACGAGGAGGAGGGUGUGCAAGUCAUAUCAUCAUCUCUUGACCUACUGCUGGUAAGGAAUUGCCCUUCUCUGACAUCAUUUCCAGAUGUACGAGGUUUGCACUCUAUUCGGAGAUUUAUUUUUAUCAGAAAUGAAAAAAUCACUGGAUUACCAGAAGGUCUACACACCCUUCAUACCCUUGAAUUGCUGUGGAUUGGUGGGUAUUCAUCAGAGCUGGAGUCUUUUCCCAACUUGGAGCAUCUCCAACACUUGUCCUCCCUUCGACACUUACAUAUUGUUGGCUGGUCUAAGCUUUCGUCUCUUCCUGAGCAACUUCAAAACCUCACCCAAUUAGAAUUCUUGGCAAUACAUGAGUUUCAUAGUGUGGCAGCUCUGCCAGAGUGGCUGGGGAACCUUUCUUCGCUUCGAACAUUGGGUCUUGUAGAUUGCAAUAAUCUGAUGUAUCUUCCAGAAGAGGAAGAAGGAUUGCGAUGCUUCAUCAAACUAGAAAAAUUAAAUAUUUUAAAUUGCCCCCUUCUUGAAGAAAGAUGCAGCAGGGGAAGAGGCGAGGAGUGGCCAAAGAUCAAACACAUAAAGAACAUCCAAAUUGAUGACCAAUAUGUGUAAUUUUGGUGCACAAUCUUUCUUCAAAUGUCAGGUAAAAUAUUCAAAAAGUUGUGGGCUAUAGGCUUCCAAGUAUUUUUGUUGAUUUAAUUUCCCUUGCCCAAGCCAGGAGUUGUCGAUCUGGUAUUUCUCUCAUUUAUUUUUUGGGUUAUUUUUUCAUCAUUUUCUUCCUUCAAUGAUCCCAAUUAGGGAUUAUCUAGUUAGGUUUUAAUUUAAUAAUUUGCUAGUAUUUUCAACAAUUUAUCAUACAAGUUGAAUUAAACAAACCCUCAAAAAAAAAAAAAUGUAAUUAAAGUACAAUUAAUAGAUAAUUGUUUUUGUCAGAUAGGGGACACAGAAUUGACAAAAGCAAAUGAGGUGAUCUACAUUAUAGAAUUGAAGAAAAUGGGUAGUAUUGAGAAGCUUGAUUUUUUGUAUGUGAAGGCUUUUGUGGAGGACAUUUUGAUGUUUAUAGUGAUGAAAUCGAUUGGAUUGGGUUUUGAAUGAUGGUGAAGGCUUUGAAUGGAUUGGACAUUUUUUGUAUGUGAAGGCUUUGAAUGGUUAUAAUGGUUUUGGGCGUUUGAGGGGGAAUUCUUUGUAAACAGAGAAGUAACAUAAAGAGAGCUUGUAACUCUAUCCUCCAUUGCUAGUGAAGUCGUUCUCAUCUUACCAUAGACAUAGGCACUCUGUUCUAUCUUCUUAUUUUGUUACGUCGUGUUUCAAUUCAGUAUCAGCAAGAACUGUUUCAAA